AUGGAAGAAAAUCAAAAUACGGAAGAGUUAUCACAAGAUAUUGAGACAAAAUACCCUCUACUCAAUUAUGAAAAACAAAUUUUUACGGAUAUAUUUGAAAACGAUGCCCUCUUAAUUAUGGCCAAAGGACUAAGUUACAAUAGCAUUGUUUCCAAUUUAUUGUGGGUUUAUAAGGAUCCGGGAAAUUUAGUAUUAAUAAUAAAUAGCAGUGACCAUGAAGAAAAAUUUUUCAGUGAGAAAUUCAAUUUAUCAGUAUUACCAAAUUUGGGGUCGGAGAGGGAAAAAGCUUAUUUAGAGGGUGGCAUAUAUUUUGUGUCAACAAGAAUAUUAGUAGUUGAUUUAUUAAAAAAGAGAGUACCAGUAACACAUAUAACUGGUAUUAUUGUGUUGAGAGCUCACACGGUACUGGAAUCAUGUCAAGAGGCUUUCGUUCUAAGGUUAUUUAGACAAAAUAAUAAGACAGGCUUUAUAAAAGCAUUUUCAAACUCGCCCAUAUCAUUCACAUUUGGGUACCAUCAAGUGGAAAAAGUUAUGAGAGCUGUUUUUGUCAAAGAAUUAUACUUAUGGCCGAGAUUCCACGGCUUAGUCAUUAAAAGUCUUAAGAGUAGACAAGCCGAGGUUGAAGAGAUACAUGUUUCAUUGACACCAAAUAUGUUACAAAUACAAACAUGUCUUUUGGACAUAAUGAAUUACACUGUGAAACAACUUAAGAGCAUUAACAGAAAUCUGGACAUGCAAGAAAUCACAACAGAAAAUUGCAUAACUAAGAAGUUCCAUAAAAUAUUACAAUCCCAGCUUGACUGUGUGUGGCAUCAGCUCAGUAACAGAACAAAGGAAUACAUACAGGAUUUGAAAAUUUUAAGGACUUUGAUAGUUAAUCUAAUCCACGAGGAUUCUGUAUCCUUCUAUUGGCUGGUCAGUAAGUAUCGUACAUCAGAGUAUGCUCAGGUCAACUCAGGUUGGAUUCUGUUGGACUCGGCUGAAAGGUUGUUCAAGGUAGCAAAAUCUCGAGUCUUCAACAAUAGUGAAUUUGACCCUGAGCACUGUCCUAAAUGGAAGUGCUUGAGUGAUUUAUUAAAAGUUGAAAUACCAGAUGAAGUGAAAAAGAAGAAUAAUGGAUCGCUUAAUAAUACCAAAGUUCUUAUACUGUGUGAGAACAAUAAGACAUGCUUCCAACUAAACAACGUCUUGACUAUGGGAGCCAAUAAAUAUCUAUUCUAUAAUGCAUUCCGAAGAGACAUACAGAUAACAUCCGUGUCAUCCAAAUAUAAAAAUCUCAAAGAAGAAUUUCCAACAAAAACAGAAAAAGAGAGCGUCAAAGAUAAUAAAGAUGAUAGUAAUUUGGAUGAAGAAUUGGAUGAUGUCAAAUCAAAUUAUAUGUUGACAUUAACACAGGCUAUGGAGUUGAAUAAAAAUACGGCAGAAGAUAGUAUGUUUGAACCCAUUUCACAGUUGGAUAACUUAGAUCUCACACAAUUGGAAAUUGAGAAACCGUUGAUAUGUAUACAGACAUUCAAGCAGAAUGGAAACUAUUUCUCAUUAGAACAAACAUUGGAAGCGUUAAGGCCUGAAUACAUUAUUCUAUACCAAAGUGACGUAUCGGCCGUACGACAGAUAGAAUUGUUUGAAUGUAAGAAACAACCCGAAGAACCAAAGUCUAAAGUAUAUUUUCUUAUACACGACAAAACUGUUGAAGAACAAUCCUAUUUGACAUCAUUGAGGAGGGAGAAGCAAGCAUUUGAAAUGCUUAUUCAAGCUAAGAGUGUGAUGGUGGUACCUUCGUAUCAGGACGGGAAAACUGAUGAAUAUUUUAAUUUAAAUGUCGAAGAAAACGAAUCAGCUAUAAAUACGAGAAAAGCAGGUGGUCAAGCGUCGUCAGUAGCGCCGCGUGUCAUAGUAGACAUGCGUGAGUUCCGUUCAGACCUGCCAGCGCUUCUUCACCGACGUGGUAUCAACAUAGACCCCGUCACUAUCGCGAUAGGUGACUAUAUUCUGACGCCGGAUAUAUGCGUCGAGAGGAAAUCCAUCUCGGAUUUGAUAGGAUCACUCAACUCCGGUCGUUUGUACACACAAUGUACACAGAUGUGUCGGAACUACUCCAGACCUAUACUACUUAUUGAGUUUGAUCAGAAUAAACCCUUCAAUUUACAGGGUAAUUUUGUUGUGUCCACGGAUUUAUCUGGUGCUGAUAUACAACAAAAAUUACAGCUACUUACAAUACAUUUUCCGCGUUUAAAGCUUGUAUGGUCGCCGAGUCCUUAUGCUACAGCUGAACUAUUCUAUGAACUCAAAGAAGGCAGGAAGAACCCUAAUGUUGAUGAAGUAGUAGCUCUGAGUGGUGAAAACACAGCCGAUGAUAUGAACUAUGAGAGAUAUAAUAUUGUUGUUCACGAUUUCGUCCAAAAACUACCAGGAGUGACCUCCAAAAAUAUAUCUAGGAUUAUGAACAGGGGCAUUUCAUUGGACCAUCUAAUUACUCUGACAAAGGACCAAUUACAGGAAAUAGUAGAAAAUAAGAAUGAAGCUGAAAUAAUAUAUUCAAUAUUACAUGUUAAAGCAAAGCCAGUGGACUCUGACAAAACAAAGCCAUUUGGUAAAAGGAAGUUGGGGGGGAAAUUUAAAAGCAAUAAAUGA